AACGUCCCAUCAUUGGUGACCUCUAAGUGCGGCGCUCAUGCCCUACUCCCCACCGCGAGAGCAAUCGUCCGGCCAUUGGCUCCCCCACACGCCUGUCUGUAAAGGUAGUAUACAUGCAAGAACCGGCGGUGACUGACGAGCCUCUAUACUGAUCCAAUAUAAUACUUUCAAAUUGUUGUAAACAUCUAUAAAUCUCGUUGCAGUGUUGCAAAAUGCUUUUCCUUUUCCUAUUUACUCAAGCAUUAAGCUUUAUAUGCGAUUUAGUUUGUAUAACCAAUUCCGCAAAGCCGUUCGUUAGGUAUUGCUUUCCCUUCAAAAUCUACAGCCACCUAAUUAUUAAUAUACCACUACGAAAUCGUUACGAUGAACCGCAGCACCAUAAUGUCAAUUAUGACAAUAUGGACCACGGCUAUUCUGUUCGUCUUAUUAUUGCAGAUUGACAGUGCUUUAGCCCGCCCUUUAUAUGCCGCUACUAGCACUACAACAUAUCCUCUACGCCCAACAAGCUUAGUCAACACAGCAGGCUGGCCAACUAGGAUUUCCCAAAACAACGAUGCUUCAGAGAUAUUAGCCAUAAAAACAUACCCUCUAACCAUCACUGGAACCGCUUUGACUGCAUUGAGCCUCUGUCUCUCUAUUAUCACUACUCUCAUCGCGAUCAUUGACCUCCGACUCAAAAUAAAAGACCGCACUGAAUUACGCAGACAGAGGAUCAUAGGAGCACCACGAAAUCCUAUCAAUGAUGAAGCUAGCAGAGAAGCUCGAGAUGCGCUCGCACUGCCUCACCAGAUUGAAAAUACGAGUGAUCGUCAUGAACUAGAACUUGCGGUUCUUCCAACUACUCCGAAGGUUGACAAGGUCUCGACUCCGCUACCCAUGCCUGCUGAAAGGCCUUCUAGCAUUUGUCGUGCUGAACCACAGAGUUAUGAUCAUGGAGCUGAAAGACCGAGGCUGCGACGCUUGAAGUCUCGAGAAGAUUUAAGAUCGAUUAUGUGACAAUGGUAAUUUUUGUUCUGUGCCGAGGUAUAACUCUGAAUAUUAGAUAUUUAGUGAGGUUUGAAUUUAGCCUUGAGAUGUUUGGUCUAGAAGACCCGCGAAUGGAAGUUCUUGGGGCAAUGUGGAUUGAGAUCUAGGCUUGUAUACAGUGAUUCAGGAUAGAGGCUUGGAGUUCCUGGUGCAACCACGUCGUCGUUACCACAUUUGCAUGGUGGAAUCUAGUAUAGGGGUGGAAUAUAGAAAUCGGCGAGCUUGUAUGAGAAAUCCUCUUCUAAGAAAUUAUCCUAUGCAAUGGUCUAUGGAAAUGAGUACCGCUGAAAGAACUACGUUUAUUAAACCCUCUGAAAGGAUUUAGAACU